AUGAUUAAGCAAUUGGUAUUUGAUGACGCAUUGAGCGUUGAAUUUUUAUUCUUAAAUGCAAACCAUCAAAAUUUACCACACGAAUAUCCCGAAAUUAAUCAAUUGCAACCUUUUGAACGAAAACCCGUGAGAUGGAUAUCAUUGAAAUACCCACUGGAGAAUAGAGAAAUUGCCAAAGCGUGGACACUGAGACAGAACAUCAAUGAGAGCCGCACCAAUGCAUUGAAUAAAACAUGGCCAAUUAAAUUUGGCAGUGAAAUCGAUCGAAAAAGUGAAAUACAGCAUCUCGAAAAUCAUGUGAAUUCUUUCAAUUUAGCCGAUAUUAAGUUACUUCGUCGAGUUCUCAUCAGCGAUAUUACAUUUACAAGGCAAUCGACGGCCGAUUACAUAAUUCAUAAGCUCAAUCGUAUAGAAGCUAUUUUGAGCAUUGUGUUCGAUUGCUUUGAAAUUUUAAACAUAAGCUUUAUAAAGUACAUGUUUGUGAUUAUGUUGGGUUCGAUGACAACCGGCCUUUUGUACGUUUGUGGGAAAUUCAGUUAUGACAAGAUGAAAGAAACCGGCGUAAUCGUGUGUCGCAUUGGCGACAUUACAUCCCAUUCAAUUAUUUUGAAUAAGCUUUUGGAAAUUUCGAGAAAAUUGUACGCUAGACAUCCAUACUGGGAAUGGGAACUUUUGUUUUAG